UGUCUUUUCAUAUCCAGUCUCCCACCGAUACUCUUUACCAUCCUCGUCAUCUCCCAUUUUCUUAUCGAUAUGUUUUAAUUAUUGUUAAAUACUUUUUACUUAAGGGUAUUCCUUCUCAUCCUUUACCAUUCCUUUAGAAGUUAUAGAGGUUAUGUAGUUUUAUCAUCAAACAAUUAAAUCAUAAUUUUCUCAAGAAUUAAUUAUUAUUUUUGAAUUACACUAAUUGAAAUUGUCUAGUAUAGAAAAUAUCCAAAAAUAUUUUAAUCUUAAGUCAAAAUCGAUAUGUACAAUAACAAAAUUAAUAACUUUAUAAAAUAAUAAAAUUAAUAAAAAAUCAUUAGCAUUAAAUUCACUUUCAUAUGUAAUUUUAUUGUCAUUCUAAAUUUUAUAAAGCUAUUGUAUAAAAUACGAUUUUGAAUAAAACUAAACAAAUCAAUGUAGGGGAAGUAUUUUUCUAAAUUUGACGGUUUUGGUUUCCGCCAUAUUAAUUUGAAAUUAUCCCCUGCAGAGAAUAGGAUUUUGAUUAAUUUUGACCUUUUGUGUCACUAACAAAGUGUAAAAAUAUGAAGAAGAUAUGUACAUAAUAAAUAGGAAAAUUAAUGUAAGUAAUACUUUUGAGUAUUAGGUUGUUAAGGUUGUUUUUAUUAUUAUUUUAAUCUAGAUAAUAACGCCACGUACAAAUUUGGCGCCACUAACGAUUGAUAAAUGAGAGCGACACGAGCACGGUUGCCAUUUAAGUGAGUGGCAGCACCGUCGCUAUGUUUGUAACGCUUGUGGUGAAACUUUCGUGAAAAAUAGAGAAAGCAAGUUGUCAAAUUGAGAAACUAGUUUUGAUAUCAAAGCACAAAACGCAAUGGAUGAAAAAUCCGAACAUGGCGAUCAAACUGCGGAGACACUCGAGCCAGUAGUCGGGUCGUUGGACGAAGAAGGGAUGGAUAUACAGAUGGACCCGGUAGACACGGAGCGUACCGACACCGACGUUUCGGCAGUGGAGCCAACGGAAAACGCGGGAAUUAGCGAAGACACAGAAACACCAGAAGUUUCUGAACCAAACGUUGAUUCUGCCGAUGGGAACGAUGAUAAUAAUCUAAUUUCCGAGUUAAAUGAUGUUACCCUAUCUGCUGCAGCAACAACUAGCGAAACAGAUUCUUUUUUAGACUCAUUUACCACAGAUAAUCCAACCUCUGAAACACAAACGAAUGAUGAACAAACCAGCAACGCUGCUGAUUCUGACCUGUCAAUGCCCUCACUUGUCCUACCUGAGGAACCCAAUGAAAUCUCAACAGAAGAUAUGAACUUAGAUGAAAAACCAGAGGAAAAGGAAGAGCCUGUUGUAGAUUCUCCCAAAGAAGAUAUUGUUGCCGCCCCUGUAGAGGAGAUGAAGGAAGUUCAAAAGGAACCUGUCUAUUCACUGGAAGAAGAGCUGGAAAGGAUGCAUGAGGAGUCUGUCCAGCCAGAACCAGAACCGGAUCAGAAUCAACCUGUGACUGAAAAGCUUGAGGAAGUUAAUGUUCCUGAAAGUAAAGUGAAUACUCAGAGCAAGCCAACUCCAAUAAUGAAGGAUUCUGAUUUGGAAGAGAUGUUGGCAGCUGAUGAUGUGUUGCAGGAUCCACUAAUGAUUAAAAAUGCCCAACAAGAUCUUAGACAAGUAGAUGUGCUUGUGUGUGGCAAUUGCCAUGGAGUAUUCCACUUCGUAGAAGAAUUUAAGACCCACAAGUCAAAAACUUGUUCGACAAAGUCAAACUCAACGUUAACAAUUGACAAUAACUCAGAAGUAUGGGCUUUCACUUUAUGGAAAACCAAACAAAUGAAGCAGGAGGUCGGACGAGGACAAACUCAAUGGGAGCUGUACAAAACAUGGUGUGCUCUACCGGAAAGUGACAAAACUUCAUGGAUAUCAGCAGGGGAGCUUCUGCAGUAUUGCCACAAAUUGGAGACUGCUAAGGUGACCGAAGUCAAGGUACAUAACAAACCUGUUGCUAAAGAUGACAAAGAUCCGCUUUCUUUGGAUGGUUUCGGUAAAAAUAGUAAUAAGGAAAAUUCCUCAGUUGAUAAUUCUAAAUCGCCUUUGCUCGAUGUUAAAAGAACAGUUAUUAAUAAACCUAAAGCUGUUCCUACGGUUCCGAAGGUAAAUAACAACAGUGCUAACACUAACAAGGCCAUGAGAUCCGCUCCUAAUCUGGAUAAAAGCGAAUACGCUGUGGAAAAAAUCGCAGCGAAGAGGUUUAACCCCAAGAAGAAGACUUGGGAGUACCAAAUUAAGUGGGAACAUUUCACAAGCGAACACAACACCUGGGAACCUUUAUCAAAUCUCAAUCACUGCAGACAAAUGGUGGACGAGUUCGAAGAACAACUUAAGAAAUUGAAAGCGGAAAAGGCCAAGCAACAACAAAUAGCUGCAGCCGCCAGUAAAAAUACUCCCAAAUUGAAGCCGACAGCUUCAUCGACCAGCUCAGCCGCAGCUAGUUCAGCCACAACUGGAUCUAAAAAUCGCCCACAAAGAACGAGCAAACAGAAAGCUCUAGAUCAAGUGAAGGCUUGGUGUGGAAACAUUUCAGACGAAGAGGGCAUUAGUCUAAAACGCUCUCGAUCGCCGGACAGUGACGAGUCCUUCGAAAAAAGAAUGAAGUAUGAAGAAAUGUCGGAAGAUUCGGACGGAGAAGUGUCUAAACCUAAAACGCCGUUGAGGAAAAUUGCUCCCAAGCCGCCGGCGUCUCCGCUACAAGUAAUCAAAAACGGAGUUGGUAAAAACACUCCUUUGCCGCAAAAUAUUCUCAUACCGGAUGCUAACGGGGUAGUUAGGAUCAAUCAGAAGCAGCUCCCUUCUUUGAGCACAGGAGUCUACAUCAUGUCGAAAACGGCUGGUAUUAUAAAAUUGGACUCCAGUACAUCUAAAGUAGCUACGAGCAGCGGCCAGAUGAUCGUUAAAGUGGCACCUAAAAUUGGACAGACUCACAUAAAAAUCAUGAAGAAAGAUGGUACAUCUACACAACAGGUUGUCCAGAUGAGUCCUAAGAGUGUUCAACAAACGCCAAAAGCACUGAAGAGUCACCUGACCAAAGCUAAAAAAAGCUUAUCAGAACUGAAAGCAUCGCCAGUUACACCUAAAAAGACAGAAGUCCUCAAAAAACAAAUUCUAUCAGCCAAGGUAGACACCGAUAAGAAACCGAUGGUCGUCAAGAAACUCCCAGAAUUGGCUCCAAAACCGAGCCCCAAAACAUUCGCGAAAUUAAGGGAACAACCAGAGAUUAGAGAGGACGAAUCUGAUGAUGGGUUGGAAGAAUUGCCUUUCCCAGAAGAGAUCAAAUUGCCGGAACCGGAAGAAGAAGAAAACAGAGAAUUUAUUUUGGAUCCUACAACUGGAAAAAUAGCUGGUGUAGAAUAUCCAGAGCCUGAACCCGAGCCAAUCGAGGAAGCCAAAUCAGACUCGUCGCUAGAUAAUAUAGUUAAGUUGGCAGCAGCAGAUAUAACAGAAGAGGACUUGAAGAACGAGCCCCAGGAGGAACCCAUGGACAUUGAAGUGCACCAUCUAGUUCAAUCAGCGGAACCUGUGAAAAUUAUUAAGACUGAACCUCAGAUUGUACCUGAAAGAAGAUUCCCCACCGCUUCGUCUACGAAACAGGUAGUUAAAAUGCCCGUUACCUCCCGCAAGGUAAUAGCAAACCCGACUUCCAUACUAAACAAGGCCCUGACGGGUCCUCAAGUCAUAAGAAGAGCGGUAACGGGAUCUGCAGAAAAACAACAGCAAAGAGUUCUGAACCAUUCGAUGGCACGGCCCAUAGUGAAUCCGGUAGUUAGACAAACGAAAACAUUCGUCAGGACAAAACCGGUGGCCCCAAAACCGAGGUUUAACAUUGCCAGCGAUAUGUCCGAGAAGUUCAUCCAACCGGAACACAAUUCAUCGCCUAAGAACGUAUAUUCCUUCACUAGGCAAGUCGUUUCUUCUCCUACGAUGCGAAAAAUCGGAAGCACCACCAUCAGGAGUUCCCCCUCGGGUGUGCCUGCAACCAAUAAUCAGCAUAAAGUUCAAACAAAAUACGUCAGAACCAGUUCGGGAUUGGUGCAAAAGGUGAUACAGACGCAGGUGAGAAGGGAGCCCGUACAAGUUCGAGGCCAGCCGGAGAGAAUAGAAAGAAAGAUAGUACAACAAAAACCCAAAACGGUUAUCAAUAUGCCUUCGUUGAUAAGUGACGACGACCUGCUUCUUACAACUAAACCUGCACAACCGAAACCAAAACAAGCUCCCGUUCAACCCGUACAAACGAUAGCCGCCCUCGAAGCACACGAACCGGAAGAAUCGCAUGAAACACACAAAAUAGCUGUGGUUUCAGAACCAUCGAUUACCCAAGUACCGGUCGCCAUUCAACAAGAACCUGAAGAGAACGUAGCGGGCGAAACGUCGGGCAUCAACGCCUUAGCGCCUGAUAUGUCUUCGUUCACGCUCAACGACAACGAUCAUCCGAUCUUUAUUACCGGCGACGAUGGUACCGUGUAUCAAGUAGCUGGACAGAAUGAACAGGGACAAACUAUCCUGUUGACGCAAGGUAGUGACGGCCAGCAGCAGUGUUUGUUAGUGACGAACGAAAUUGCGGAAACGAUGGAGACGCCGGCCGCCGAAGAAGCUGAACCCCAACAACAGGAAAUCAUCCCCGAAAUCAGCCCCGCGGUGACAGAUCCCCUCUCUAUCAAAACAGACGUCACCGAAAAUUCUGAUCAAGUCGUAGCACAAGUGGUUAGAGCAGAACCACCAAGUCCGGGUGGAACCCACAAAGUGGUAGUAAUGCUUCCGGACGGCAACCUGAUGAUAACGCAAGUAUCCCCAGAAGAAUACGCCAGUCUGGAGCUGGAGUAGAUUCAGUGCAGUUUUUCUAAAUUUUUUUUACCUACAUUAAGGAUGUACCUUUUUUACUAUUAAUUCAUUUUUUGAUCUUUGUUAACGUUCAUAUUCUUUUAGCAUUUAAUCCCUCAUUCUACAGACGAUGUGGAUACAAAACGAAAUCAUAUUGGAAUUUAUUUGUUAUAUUAUUGUAAAGAAAACAUUGUAUUAUAAUGAGUUGAUUUGUACAUAUUUGUAUUUAUCUAUAGAUUAUUAGGUAAGAGAUUGCCAAUAAAAAGUUUAGUAUUUAGUUCUUUUGGAGUAUUUUAGAUAGGAUCGAGUCGGGAAUGCUUAUACAAACUAUGACACCACCAUUUUACUAAAACUAUUUUUUCUAUGAAGGAAACACCAUCAGCUUUAUUAAAUAAUUGCGUAUGUCACAACUAGACGUAAAUUGAAUGACGGUUGACACAAAACGUGACAUUUAAAAGCGGUCCUGGGAUGCAAAUGUAUGACAGUUGACAGGACAUUGACAGUUGAAGGGAAAAUCAUUUGGUCUUCUAAAUAAACAUUAUUUUAUUUUUUUUCAUGAUACAUUUUUCUUUAUUAAAGGAAAUAAAUCACAAUUUCAAUUGAAAAUGUUAUAUUUGACGCGUGGGAGAAAAUCUCCAAGAUCGAAACGGAAACAUCAAAAAUAUGGUAUUUUUAAUUAAAAUUGUGACAUAUUUUCAUUAAAAAUUAAAUAAUUUAGAUUAUACCAAUAUUAUUAAUUUGUAGUGACGUCACAAUGAUCAAGUGUGCGUUUACUGAAAAAUAUAAGAAAAAACAAAAAUAUUUCGUUUAUAUUGGUUAAACUGAUUAACUGAUUGUUUUAACCCAGAAGAUAUGAAUUUAUCUAUCAGUCCCUUCCCGUAUCAGUUGGCCCAACGUUAGAUUGAUAAUAAAAUGAAAUUUAUUAAAAACAAUUCGUACUAAUUUUUUCAACUAUAAAACCUUUGUAUCAAAUUUUAAUUUUUAUUAGUCUAUUUUUCACUAUAAUGCGUCUUAAUGACGUUCGUGCUUCGGUUAUUUUACUUUUUCGUACAUUUCUAGGUUUUGUGCCGAACGAACUUGUAGUUUUGUAUCUUCUGACUAUAUUUCUUACACUAUAGAGUGACAAUUGCAACAUAUUCGCGAUUUCCAACUUGGAUUUUCCAGAAUUAAAAAAUCUAAUUAUGAUUGAAAAAAUUUUCCCAUCGAUAACUUAACCUCGAACAAUUGUACAAUCCACAAACGGCAAAAAACUUUACAAUACUACAAAAUACAUUUGACAUUAACUGACAAUAUUAUUGUUUUGAUGUCAUUUUUCCAGCUCUGGAUUUAACGUAGUUAUGAAAAAAUCAACAUAUGUUGAUAUAACUCCGUAGAUACACAUGCCUUUCACUAGCACAAUGGCAUACCAGUACCUAGCAAGCACCAGCCACUGUCCCCAAUCCGGCAAGUGUGUACGUUAACUAGCAUGGUAGCUAAUCGCAAAGAAUUUGAUUUUUCUUGCUAAUCUUGCUAGUAGCAUGCCGUGGAUUGCAAGGCGCAUGCGUAGGAAGUGUCACUGGCAAGUGUGAACGCGCGCUACCGCUACGGGCAUGACAGUAGCUAGUAGAGAAUUGUCAGAUUUGUUAUGUUGGUGAUAAAAAUUGAUAUUUUUAUUUUUAAAUUUGCUAAUUAAAAAAUGUUUCGUUCGGCUGAUGAAAAAAUCAUAAAAUUCAUUUCUAUAUAUAGAGAAUUGGAGUGUCUUUGGAAUUCUAAAUCAUCUCUAUAUAAAAAUCAAAUGGCCCGUGACAAUGCUUACACAAAAAUUAAAUUUCCUGCUCUAUGCAAUGCCUCCAGAGAUUUAUAUGAAUCGACAGUAGCCAAAAAUCUAAGAGUCCUGGGUAGGAUCGUAUAUGGAUUUUUUUUUAAUUUUGCUCUUAUUUUUCCAAGCAAAUUUUUCUCUUUUUUGAGUUCCGCUUCGGAUUCCUUAUUGAAUCUCUGACAAUACCCGAGGUCAUCAGCAAUAUUUGCUUGUUUAAUUCAUUCCGAAUAUCUUCCAUGGAUCCCCUUUUUUAUUGGAAACUCAAAAACAUUUAAUUACAAAACAAGUACUUUAGUUUCAGAUGAAAACCACUCGAUUAUGUACUAGCACUGGCAUGUGUAAAAAUCUACCCUGCUUUUUCGACUUGCCAGUACAGGCAAGCGAGCUACUGGCAUGCCAAUUACUAGCAAAUGUGUUUUGUGCUGGGUGUACAUAUGCCAGCUACUUUCCCAAUUUACUGGCAUGUGUGUACCCGGCUUAAGUAAAUGCAUAGCGAGGGUUUAGUGAUUUUUUUUUAUUGAAAAUAAAUAAAAAAACCAUAAGGGUAAUUUUUAAUAAAUAUUAAUAAAAAUGCCAUAUUAACUAAUAUGGGAACUUAUAAAAACAUGCAGAGUUUAAUUUGUUUAUGGUAAUCGACUUAAACUGCAAAUUCCAAAGGUGUACCAAAUGAUAUUUGAAGGGGCUCGUAUGAUAUACUAUCGUAUAUCCCAAAUUUCUAUAAAAUAACUUCAAAUUAUAAUCUGGUUAAUUGCUGAAAAUAUUUAAAAUAUCCUAUUUUUCAAAACUUAAAUUUACAAUUUUUUUCUGUUUUUUCUUAAUAUAUGAUGUCGUCUGAAGAUAUUGUUAUGGCAGUAUUGUUACACGUAAGUACUUACCUAAUAAUAUUCCACUAAAAAUCCGAGCAUUAUAAAAAAUUUGCUAUUGUAGAUGUCUGUCUAUAAUUCUUAAAGCAUCGUUGGAAAACAAAAAAAUUGCAAGGUAGGUUUUAUGGUUUCAGAAAAUACAGAUGGAGGGAACACAACAGGAAAAUAUUGUGCUCUUCAGGAAACUGAAGUAUGUUAAAUGUUUACUUAUUAAUUAUAAUUAUCACAUAAAUUUGCCAAUAGACAAAUUUUCUUAGGUAGUCCGGUUGUUCCAUAUGUCUUCUUCUAUGGCCCUCUCUCAGUUCUUUAUUUAUUCCUUCGCUCCAAUUUUUUCUCUGUUUACCUCGUUUUCUCUUUCCUUCUGGUUGCCAUUUUAAUAUUUCUUUUGGUAUUCGUUGUUCAUCCAUUCUUUGUAUGUGUCCGAACCAGGUAAGUUGUUUUGUUGUUAGGUCAUCUGUGAUUGUUUGUUCGAAUCUUCCUCUUCUUCAAAAAUCCAUUUCGGUCGCUUUCAGCAUUGCCAGUGCUCUUUCUUUCAGUGGCCAUACCUCACAGCUGUAUAAAGUGAUAAUUUUUACUAUAGUCUCAUACCUCUUUUUAUUUUCUUUGCUGAUACCUAGAUAUUUGUAGUCACAGCAGUGCUAUAUCGUGGUGUUAUCGUCUAAUAUGAGAUCUUUUUGUUCUACUCUAAUGCACAAGUAUUCGGUUUUCUUUUUAUUUACUUCUAGACCCCAUAUAUCAUACUCUUCAAUUAAUUUUUAAUCUUCAUAAUCUUUGGGUCUUUGCAUUUUAGGGGUUACUACACUAUAUUCAUGCACUAUUCGUGAUCUUAAUAAAAUCUUGCUUUUUAACGAACGCCAUAUGAGAAUUAGUCCAGGGAAUUUAAAUCGGUGAUCUUGUUCUCCAUUCAAUAAGCCACUGAUUGAACUCUCCUGGAGUUCUUCAUAUGGGUUUAUUUAAAAAGCAGGAUUUAUAAUACCAUUCCAGCUUCAUUGAAAGAACUAGAUAAUGAAUACUGCGUGCAUGUAGUGUAGUAACCCCUAUAAUGCUCCAAAAUGUUCUUCGUAAUUUCGAACAGCGACCUUAUAAUUGUAUGGACGUUGGCGGAUAUUAUUUUGAACAUUUAAGUAAAUAAUUUAGCUGAUGAGUAAACUGUUUCGAAUUUAUUAAUUUAAAAUUUAGUUCAUUUUAGUCAAGUUUCCUAUUAAUGUUGCCAAUUUCGCUUUAGUGUAGUUGACAUGACUGGAAAUUGAUACCAGCAAAACAUAGGCGUUACAUUUAGUUUUUAAGGGGUGUAACACUUUCAAUAAACUGAUACUGUUUCACAAGACUACAGUUAAUCUCGAAAAAAAUAUGCAUAUCUGAAUUCUUCAGCAAAAUACCUCUCUAACCAUAUAUUCCUAUUAAAUAUUUAAGAAUUAGGAAGGAAGGAGGUCGAUAAUUGACAGUUAUCUAUAUCGUUAAAAGAUUAUCCAUUUAGAAUAAAAAAUGACCUGUCUUAGCAUUUUCACAAAAUCCUACGAAUUUUGCCAAAUAUCAGUGUGGACUCGUCGUCAACCUUGUAUAACCUAAGUUAAAGAUAUAUUUAUACAAUAGUCUGGGGAAACCGCAGAAAUUCUAAUUACUCAGUCUACUGCGCUAAUAACCAUAAAUGAACGGUCUUCUUUAUGUUUGUGCAAUCAUAUCUAAUAACUCAACGUGAAUUUUACUUUUUCCCGAAUAUUUCAGCCUGGUGAGAAAAGUACAGUCAUAUAAAGAAAAAAAAAAGGAAUUUUUAUGGACUAUUUUGGCUGCCAAUGUUAAAUCUUAAGAUGUAAUGUACUAUUUUUUAUACUAAUGAGCAUUAUAGUGAAAAAAAUGACCGCUAGAGAUUAAUAUGGCAUUAACUGUCAAAAUAAAUGUUAUAAAAAUACCCGUCGCGACCAAUUUUGACAGGAACUGUCAGUUCAAAGGUACUUUUUAAUAAAUUUGUGAGUGUUUUCUUUUAAAUGAUAUUUUAUUUUAUUUAUUUGCUGUAGUAUAUUUAUAAAUAGAGAUUCGAUAAACAUUUAAUUUGUAUUUAGAGUAAAAUGGUGGUAAAAGAAUUUGGCUGUAAAAUAUAAAGGUAUAUCUACAAUGUCAUUAUGCUAUAUAUGUUUUUUAAGACUAAAUAAAGUAAAAAUGGA